AUGAUGUUGGCUGCUGCUGUCGGCCGCUCGCUCUCGUCAUCGGCAGCUUCCAGAAUAUUCGCGCCCACAACCAAAGCCCGCUGUUUCUUCUCUUCCCCUUCCUCUCUACUCAGAUCACUCUCCUCUUCUUCUGCUCGCUUCCUAGUUCGAGCAAUGGCUGCGUCCGCUGAUUCCUUCAAGAAAAUCCAAAUCCAGAGGGAAGACACUACUUUUGAUGCUUAUGUGGUUGGCAAAGAAGACGCUCCUGGAAUCGUUGUGCUCCAGGAGUGGUGGGGUGUGGAUUUUGAGAUCAAGAACCAUGCCAUCAAGAUCUCCCAACUUGAGCCUGGAUUUAAGGCCCUUAUACCAGACUUGUAUCCGGGAAAGGUUGGUUUAGAUGUCGCGGAGGCUCAGCAUCUGAUGGACAAUCUUGACUGGCAAGGUGCUGUCAAGGAUAUCCGUGCUUCAGUAAAUUGGCUCAAGGCCAAUGGCUCAAAGAAGGUUGGAGUGACUGGAUUUUGCAUGGGUGGUGCUCUGUCUAUUGCAAGCUCAGUUUUAGCUCCUGAGGUUGAUGCAGUUGUGGCUUUCUAUGGAGUUCCUUCUUCGGAGCUCGCAGAUCCUGCCCAAGCUAAAGCUCCUGUUCAGGCGCAUUUUGGGGAGCUUGAUAACUUUGUUGGCUUUUCUGAUGUAACAGCAGCAAAAGCCUUGGAAGAAAAGCUGAAAGCAGCUGGAGUUCCACAUGAGGUCCAUAUCUAUCCAGGCAACGCGCAUGCUUUCAUGAACAGAUCUCCUGAUGGUAUCCAGAGGAGGAAGGGCAUGGGAUUGCCAGAUGAAGAUGAAGCUGCUGUCGAGCUGGCAUGGUCUCGAUUCGAAUCAUGGAUGAACAGUCACUUAUCGGCGUGA